UCCCGGAGCCCGGGUGGGGAAGCCCUGCCGCCCUCCCCUCUCCGGCGCGCGAGCCUGCCUGGCCCUGCCUGCCCCCCGCCCCCCGCGCACGGGCGGGCCAUGCGGCGGUGAACCAUGUCCUCCUCCUACGCCAAGAACGGGACCGCGGAGGGGCCGCACUCUCCCACCUCGCAGGUGGCCCGAGGCACCACAACCCGGAGGAGCAGGUUGAAAAGAUCCGAUGGCAGCACCACUUCGACCAGCUUCAUCCUCAGACAGGGUUCAGCGGAUUCCUACACAAGCAGGCCGUCUGACUCUGAUGUCUCUUUGGAAGAGGAUCGGGAAGCGAUUCGGCAGGAGAGAGAGCAGCAAGCCGCUAUCCAGCUUGAGAGAGCAAAGUCCAAACCUGUAGCAUUUGCUGUGAAGACGAACGUGAGCUACUGUGGGGCCUUGGACGAGGAUGUGCCUGUUCCAAGCACGGCCAUCUCCUUUGAUGCCAAGGACUUUCUACACAUUAAAGAGAAAUAUAACAAUGACUGGUGGAUAGGAAGACUGGUGAAAGAAGGUUGUGAGAUUGGUUUCAUCCCGAGUCCGCUUAGAUUGGAGAACAUACGGAUACAGCAAGAACAAAAAAGAGGACGUUUUCACGGCGGGAAAUCCAGUGGGAAUUCUUCUUCAAGUCUUGGAGAAAUGGUAUCAGGGACAUUUCGAGCAACACCCACAUCAACAGCAAAACAGAAGCAAAAAGUGACGGAGCACAUUCCUCCUUAUGACGUUGUGCCAUCCAUGCGUCCGGUGGUGUUAGUGGGGCCGUCACUGAAGGGUUAUGAGGUAACAGACAUGAUGCAGAAAGCCCUCUUUGAUUUCCUGAAGCACAGGUUUGAUGGGAGGAUAUCAAUAACGAGAGUGACGGCUGACAUUUCUCUUGCUAAGAGGUCUGUCCUAAAUAAUCCAAGCAAGAGAGCAAUAAUUGAACGUUCGAACACUCGGUCCAGCUUAGCGGAAGUACAAAGUGAAAUUGAAAGAAUCUUUGAGUUGGCAAGAUCUUUGCAGCUGGUCGUUCUUGAUGCAGACACCAUCAAUCACCCAGCACAACUUAUAAAGACUUCCUUAGCACCAAUUAUUGUCCAUGUAAAAGUCUCAUCUCCAAAGGUUUUACAGCGGUUGAUUAAAUCUAGAGGAAAGUCCCAAAGUAAACACUUAAACGUUCAACUGGUGGCAGCUGAUAAACUUGCACAAUGCCCCCCAGAAAUGUUUGAUGUUAUAUUGGAUGAAAAUCAGCUGGAGGAUGCAUGUGAACAUCUGGGAGAGUAUCUGGAGGCAUACUGGCGUGCUACCCACACAACCAGCAGCACCCCCAUGACCCCGCUGCUGGGAAGGAAUUUGGGGUCGACAGCACUCUCACCAUACCCCACGGCAAUUUCUGGGUUACAGAGUCAACGUAUGAGGCACAGCAACCAUUCUACAGAGAACUCUCCAAUUGAAAGACGAAGUCUAAUGACCUCUGAUGAAAAUUAUCACAACGAAAGGGCUCGGAAGAGUAGGAACCGCUUGUCUUCCAGUUCCCAGCAUAGCCGAGAUCAUUACCCUCUUGUGGAAGAAGAUUACCCUGACUCAUACCAGGACACUUACAAACCCCAUAGGAACCGAGGAUCGCCUGGGGGAUACAGCCAUGACUCCCGACAUCGGCUCUGAGUCUGCAGAAACAAACGAAAAUUCAUCUGUUGACAAUUUGCCAUAGCCUUGCUAGGAUAAACCCAUCAUCUUAACUUGGCAAGUACAGCACAGUAUUUACUGUGCUGAUGGGCUGCUGUCAUUUGAUGCUAAGUAAGGGGCAAAAAAAUGUACAUUAUGCCCUUAAGUCUAGAUGGAUAUUAGAUGCCCAAUCAUAUAGAUAUUUUUAAGUGCAACAUUUACAUAACAGUACCUUUUGUUUUCUUCAUUAGAUUUAGACACAUCAAUUUGUAAUUUAGGGUACUUAUCAAGGCACAUAUAAAAUAAUUUCCCACGCUGGAAAUUCCAAAUGACCAGUUCCAGUUGGAACCAAUUUAUAAACCAAUUCCUGUUGGAAUUUGGGUGAAUCGACUGGAAAGUCUACUUGAGCAUGUUGCAAUCAAUUAAAAAAUCUGGGAAAAAAAACCCACAACGAAUUAGUAAGAAAAUCAAAAGACCAGUAGAAGUCAAAACCAGCUAUGGUAUUUAUUUGCUGGAUGCUAAAUUUACACUUAAAGUUAGAAUGUAUAAACAUUUUAAUAUAUGUUAAAUGUUGCCAGAAUGGCUUUUCAAACUUGCCAGAUGUAUUGAUAUUGCCAAAAAAAUCUCAAAUUAAUGCAGAAAUUUUACAGUCUCCUCAGAUUUUAAUAUUUUUAUUUCUUUUCUGGCACAGCUGUUGUAUUCAAAGUGUUUUUCUUUUUGUUUAGUCACUAGUGUUAGCUCGUUUGAAGUUGGCAAAAAAACUCAAAGUUUCUGUAGCAGUGAGAGCAAAUAGUAAAGAGAACUCCCAGUCAUAGCUGGUUAUGUGACAUGGAAAAUGGGGUGUUGUUUCCCCUUUAAUCAAUCUGAGCACAACUACAUAUAUCCAAGAAUCUGGAGUCAGACAGUAAGGAUGGGUAGAGAUCCUCCUGAACGUAGAGCUAAACAUCUCCCGAUGGAAAUUCAUCUAUCCCACUUACCACAAACACGGGUUCGGUAUUUCCUGCCAGUGCAGUUGAAUAUCUUUCCACUGCUUCAUUCAGUCUCUGUCUUUGAGUAUCUGAAUGUUCUAGCCCUUCACCAGAUUCUUUGUAAUCACGCCGAGGAUUUUUGUUUUAUGUGGACACAUUCAAUUUUGAUAUUGAUAGCUGUGUUUAUACCAAACAAUUAAUUGAAAAGCAUGAAAGCAAAUAAUGAAUUUAAAAACUUGCAAUAAAAAAUAAGCUCAGAUUCAGAAUAUAUUUGUUCACUAAAAUUAUAGCAUUUUUAUGGCAGAGAAUUAUAAAGAAUUUGGAGUUGAGUUGCCUUAUUUCUAAUGAACACUCCUCUUCACCUAUUACGUCUUCAGAGUUUUUCCAGUGGCUAUAAUUAUGGAAUUGGUGAUCUUAUGUCUUAUAUUAUCAAGGAAGCCUUAGAUUCACUAUGGUCCCAGAAAUUAUUGAAAUUGACCCUUUUAUACAAUACACAAAUGUCUUCAGGAAAAGACUUUUGUUUCUAAAAGUCCAUAAUGCAUGCAAUUUUCUAAAGCUCCAGUAGGACCAGGCAUAAGAAUCUUUUUCUACUGGUGCAUGUCAUGAAGCCUAUUUUUUGAAAACAAUAGUAAUUCAUUUUCUAUUAUCUUAUCCCCCGCCCUCCAAACCUUUCAAUAUUUAGGCUCUCAUAGCAUGCACCAGUUAAAUAAUUUUCCUGACCAUGAAAAUAAGUUCCAUAUUCUUGAUUAGUUACACAUAUCUUGAAUCUCAUUAUAACCUCUCACAUUGCCUCGCCCCAUUCACUGUACAUACCCCAUUAUGAAUCUGUUUAGCUGAUGAUGAGGAUGCCUAUAAUUAUGUAAGUUAUCUCAAAUAUUUGAUACAAUCAAAAAACAUGGGCUCAGUAAAUUCUAAAAGUUAACAUGUGAUACUGGUUUGUGAGGUUCUUUUAUCAUCUAGUGAAGCUUACAGAACUUUCAGUUAAGACAUUUAAAGAGCUGUAUCCAUUAAGCACUUUAAUAAACAUAUAACCUGCCAUUACGGAAUACUUUGUUCGAGCACAGAAGAGCAUUUUCCAGCAAACAAAAAUAUAUUUAUUACAUGUACAGCACAUAUUUGCAUGAGAAAGAAAACAUUAGCCAAAACAUUUUUCUAUAUGCUUUACUGGUUUCUUGUUUGUGCGCAUUAAAGUAUUUAAUUGCAAAGAGUGCACCAAGGUGUAUAAAUUUAGACUAGACAGCUGUUCAGCUUUUUCUGUAGUAGCAUUAGCAAUCUGGUCAUUUAACUACUUUAAGAUAUUUACAUUUUAUGGCAGGUAGCUGUAACAGCACUUACAUAUAUUUCCUAGUCAGCAAGACUACCAUAUUCUUUCAAGUUUUAAAAAUCGUUUGUUUUUAAAGGCUUCUCAAAGCCUUCUUUCUAAGUCUUCCAUGUCAUGCUGAUAAAGAGCAAGGUCCAUUCAAUAUCUGUGCACAGAACCAAUCUGUCAUUUACUAUCAAGUGUCCAUACCUGUUUUGCUUUACAUUCUUAUUCAACAGCUAACAAUCUUGGAAAGGGUAUAAUGUAUAUUUUCUUGAUAGAUAUAUUUAAAUUUUUACUUUAAUUUGGCAUAUUCUUUCCCCUUCCUUUUGUAAUAAGUUUAUCUUCUCCAAAUGAAUAGAGAUAUGUAUUUUCCAGUUAAGUCAGAGUUUAUCGUGUAAAUGAUACUAAAAUACAGAUAUAUACUAAAUGAAAAGUUUUAUUUUUGCCAAGCAUAUCAAGCACCUUUGGAAAAUACAUCUUCCAUAAGUACUUUGCUUUUAACUGAUUUCAUUUAAAAAUAGUGAAUGAUAAGCAGGAGAAACAAGUCUUAUAAUGUUUUGAGGCUGUUUUAACUUGUAGUAUCAUCCACAUAUUCUGUAAUUUCAGUAUAUGUAAUUUCAGAAUAUGUAAAUUACAUAUUUUAUAAUUUCAGUCAGUGAACAUGUAACAGUGUAGACUCAUGUGACAGUUUGGAAAUGUAGUCCUGGACAAAAAGGAAUGCCAAUCCUGAUGUUAAUUCUCAAGGCUGUAAUGUGACUCUAAUAUUAUAAUCAACAUGUUAUCUUGUUUACUCUAAUAUUUAAAGCAACACUUAGAAAUGUUUAUAAAUUACGGAUGAUUCUCUCUUAUCUUUAUACAGUUCUAUUGGAAAGAAAAUUGAAAAUAACAAUUUAGAUUGAUAGCCUUUCCUAUUAAGCAGUCUUAAUUAUGUGAUGAUAUGUCAUUGCACUUAGUCCUUAAUGAAAUGAAUUUUUUAAAUAUAAAACAAAUUCUGAGAAAAUUAUUUGUUCCCUUUGAAUAAUUUGUUAAUUACUUUAAUUAUUGUUGUUGUUUGCUAAAUGUAUUUUUGGAAUGUUAACCUCUUUUCAUACCUGCAUACUUGAACUUGUCUAUUGUGUGGGGGCCUUAAAAUUCAUAAUAGGAAGCUAGGGCAGUGAAAGGGAGGGAGAGAAGGAAAUCAUGCCACAAGAUGGUUUGCAAAUUUAAACUCUUUGAAUGAACAUAUCAUAAAAUAGUGUUGAGACCCAGGAUGUCAGUUAAGGAUGUUUCUAAGCAACCUUAAUUUGCAUGCUAGUGUAUUUUCACAGUUACACAGUUUUAUUUUGGUAUUUGCUAAAAAAUAAAAACAAUGUAAUGCCACUAUAGAAAUUGCCCUAUAUGUUGAUAUUUAUACUACCUCUUCUCUAGAGAAGACAAUCUGUCUUUAAAGAGAAAAACACUCUUAAUAAGUAGUGAUCCAAUUUAUUACUCUUACUGCUAACCUUGCUGCAAAGCUAAAUUGUUAAAAUAUACUUUCCCUUUAGGUUUUAAAUUGUUUACAUAAUGCUCUUGACACCCUUUGAUUCCUUCCAUGUUAGCGAAUUUUUCUUUGAAUGGGUUCACAGCUUAUUCAGGAAGCAAGGGUAAUUUAAUAAAUCAGUCAUCAUAGGGAACAAAACGAACUGCAAGGGAAUUGCCUUUGUGUGCAACUUGUUUUAAUAUCUAGCUCUAAGUCUAAAAGAGAGAGAUCCAGAGACUCAAUGUUUAAGUGCAGCUGGUUUGCAAAUUCAAAUGUUGUUGACCCUUGAUUUCUCCUAUGGACACUUAGCCAUUUACUUGGUAAGGAUAUGCAUUAUCUUGGACUCCCAUGUCAUUGGAACAAACGUCAUAUAAAUGUUUUAAAUAAAUGGGAAUGUCCCCCUUAUUUCUCUUAUAUUUCUGACUUUGUCUUUCAUGACAAUGUUGCAUGUUGUUUUCUUUUUUAAUAAUAUAAAAUUCAUCUUUGAAUGACUAUAUGAAUAAAAACAUUAUAGGAAAUUAUGUAAUAAAAUUUGUUUCUUUGGUUCCUCAUACCUUUAAAUAUUGUCAAUACUAUAACUGUUACUAAGUUAUUCACUCAAGCUGUGUCUGUAGGGCAGUUAACAGCCCUCCUCUUUUAAAUGAUAAUC